AUGGUUUUAUAUUUUCCUUCAUCAUUAUAUGAUAUUGAUCGUUCAUUAAUUGAAAAAUAUUUAACACAAAUAAUUAUUUCACAACAUAAUCUCAAAAAAAUUUCAUUUGAACAUAGUACUACUUUAUAUGAUCCAUUUUUAUUAUUAAAAAAUUCUAAUUGUUCAAAUACUUUAAAUACAAUUAUAUUUUAUCACAUUGAUUUUAAAAAUAUAGUUAAUAUUUUACAAGAGGCUUUUGAUCAAUUGAAUGUCUUAGAAUCUAUUCAUCUUAUUUAUUGUCAUUCUUUAAAUUCUGAUUUUGUUCAACAAAUUAUUAAGGUUAAUAAACCUUUUAAAUUGAGAUCUUUGUUUAUGAAUGAAAUAUUACAUAUUGAAUCAUUACAAUUACUAUUAGAGAAAUUUAGUGAUUGUUUAGAAAAUUUUGGAUUUGAAUCUAAGGAAGACAAAAAUAAUGAACCAAAACGACAAUUAUUUAAAUUAAUCAUGAAAUAUUGUACAAAAAUUAGAUAUUUUGAUUCUGGUAUACCUGAUGAUAAUAAUAUUUAUCUAUUCAUUGAAAAUAAUCAAAAUAAUAUUAAUUAUCUUACUAUUGAAUUUGAUAUUUAUGAUGAUUAUUGUUGUACACCAAAUUAUGUUGAAUAUAGUUCAACUGUAUUACAAAAUUUAGGACAGGAAUAUAUUAUGAAGAAGGAAAGGGUUAAAUAUUUGGCUAUGACUACUUCUAUUGCUUUCGAUGAAUUUGAUGAUGAAUUAUUUUUUUUAAAAUCUGAAGUAAAUGAAUUUAAAUUACAUAAUAUUAUAGUUAAAAAAUUCUCUGAUUUAUAUUUUGGUCCAUAUAGUUUUAUAAAUAAUUUUAAUAAAUAA